GCUAGCACGCCAAGUGAGGGACCAUCUUUUCGCUACGAUCUGCUAUCACGGUCAUCGGCGAUUGUUUCCCCUGCCUUGCAUCGGCGAUCCUGGAUCAACAUUCAAUCCUGGUAGAAUGUUUUCUCUUUGCCAUACUUUGGGAGUAGGUACUACCCCAACCACCUUAGCUUUACGUCAAUUCACGAAUUCUCGCCGUCAUAGGCUCGUAUGUGGAAUUCCCUCUCUUCCGUUGUUCUCCAAGUGCCCACCGGUCCAAACGGUCACACACUUUAAUGCACGACUGGCAACGAAAGCCUCUUUGUCUUCUUUGUCUUUGUCCCAUGGAAAGCAAAAGCAAGCAGUGAUUGUAUUGUCAUGUAUGCCAGAUAUGCGAGAUUUAGCUUUCCUUGGACAUGAACUCCAAAAUUUAGGGUAUACUAUAUUCUCUGCUGGUGGAACAGCUGACGCUUUAGAAGAAGCUGGUAUAAUGGUUACUAAAGUUAAAGCGAUUUCCCAUUUCGUAGCAAUGCUCGAUAGAAAUCAUCGAGAUCACAUGGAAGCUUUGCCAAGUCAUGACGAUGGUAUAUUGGAAAUAGUGGCGGUGAACUUGGACUAUAGCGAUGAUGGAUCUCCAAACGUCGACCUUAUAGACUUCGAUGCUGAAGCCUUGUUAAAAGCUGCAGCUCUGAAUCGUAAAGAUGUCUUGGCUGUCGUUAGCCCUCGUGACUAUCCAGCAGUGAUAGAGUUUUUAAAAAGAAAACAAGAUGAUCAGAAUUUUCGUGAAAAGUUAGCUUCGAAGGCUUUGCACCAUAUAUAUGAUAACAGUGUCUGGUUGAUGAGCCGAAAGAAGGAAUAGCCUCGUGGAUUUCUUACCUUCUCACACGGUACAGGUGGAUUUGCAAAUUGAUUUGCUUUCUGGAGUCAAAAACUCUUAUACUUGUCCACUAUGUUACAAGUUGAUUUGUAAAUAGAUUUACUUUCUGGAGCCACAAACUUUUAUAAUACUUGUGGAGAUUCCUAAA